CCAAACGCUUUUGGCGCCGUAUUCGCUUGUUUUGUCAAGCGGAGGCUGUAAAGUUUUAGCUGUAGCCAUAAGAACUGUUUAGGAACAAACUUUUAUUGUGUUUUCGUGUUUUUUUUGCGUUUGUAAUUAGAGAAGUUGGUGAAGGAUGAGUGGCUCUCAGUGUCCUGAUGAAGUCCUCACACCAGGCAGCAGCGCAGGAGCCGCCGAGAGCAUGAGGAUGUUCCAUGACCUGCUCGAGCGCCUCAGAGAUUGUCAUGCUAAUGCAGUGCAAGAAUUGCAGUUAAAGGUGAAUAAACUGAAGAAAGAACGUUGUUGUGAUGCCCAAAGACUGGAGGAGUUUUAUAAAAAGAAUCAGCAUUUACGUGAGCAGCAGAAGACCAUGCAGGACUCCAUCAGACUACUGCAGGAAAGAUUACAAUCCGGACCAUGUGAUCGCUGCAGAGAAACAGAAAAGCAGGUGGAAAAAACACAAGAUGCAGUUGAAUAUCUUCCGAUCCUGAAUGAACUCCAAUCUGAGAGAAAUCUGCUUAAAGAGGAGAACAGGAAGCUCCGUCUUCAGCUUGAGCAAUCACGUGGACAAAUUUUCCAGCAGACCUCAGAGCCGGAGGAAGGCGUGAUCCCAGACUCGCCAAAGCAGCCGCUGUCCUUUCCUGUUGUCAACAAGAUGAAGCGCAAGAGAGAUCAGAGUCAUGUUCGCUAUACUGAAAAACUGCUAGCAUUAACUGACCCCCAGAAUAGAGAGCAGGCCACACCGCCGGACUUCCCUGCCGAAGCUGUGCUUGUUCCAGAGACAUGUGAUCUGGAUGUCACGUGUAUUUCAAAGAGCAACGCUAAGAUUCAUGGCAGAACUGUGGUUGCAGAAAGUUGCUGUGUAGACCUACAUACUGAGCAGAUGCUCGAGAGUGAUGUAAACUCUGAGAGCUUUCUCAGUCAACCUAAGCACAAGUCAAACAAUCUCACUCGUUGUCCGGGUGCCGAAGAGCAGAAUAAGGGGAAGACUCAGGAUGGGAUGAAGUCUUCACAGAAACAGACUGGCACUCACCUUGAGCAGGACGCAUGCAAAAGAAGAAGCUGGGAGACAGAACAGACUGAGUUUGAUACUCCGUGUCCACGUACUCCGAGACAGGAUUCUAGUCCAAAUGAUGAGAGCUGGAGCAUGGACCCAGGUGUUGGUCUGUCCCAGUAUGACACCAGUACACUUCCUCAUCCACAGCCCAAAAUACAGACUGAGACCGUAGACCUGGACUGCACAUACGUGAGUCACAGUCUGCUAGUAGCUCAUCGAAAGCAAACUGAAUUGAACCAAACAAACGGCAUCACAGGAAUAGGGCAGAAGGCUAAUGACAGCUUAGCAAAUAUCUUUGAUACCACUGGGCAUGAAGAUUAUGAGUCUUGCCCUCAGGAUGAGACAAGUGCCUUGGAGAAAGAGUAUGUUCUAGAGAAUGAGGAGGAAGAAGAAUGGGAAGAACAGAACAAGGGCAUGAAACACAAUGAACAGAUGGAGGAAGAUGGAGAAGAAGCACAGUUUAUGGAUGAAGAGAAACCCGUUGGAGAUCCUGCUGAGAGCGCUAAGAACACGUCUGUUGCUUGUGUGGUUGUUGUACGUAAGAAAGCUGAACGAAGGAAACUUCAUGGCCACACAUGCAAAGAAUGUGAAAUUUAUUACAGGGACCUCCCAGAGGAAGAGAGACAGAAGAAACUGUCGUCCUGCUCACGGCAUCGCUUUCGGUUUAUUCCCCCUUCCACCCCAGAGAACUUCUGGGACGUGGGCUUCCCUUCUACACAGACCUGCAUAGACAGAGGAUACAUCAGAGAGGACAACCAGACAGAUCCACGUUUGAGGAGGAAGAAACCGUACCAUGCUACGUUCUCACCCAAAGCUUUGUAGCAGCAUCUUGUUUCCCAUAGAAGACACACAGGGAUAUUAAUAGCCUCUGUGUACGGAACACUAUUGCACUUUAUCCUGUGGACAAUACUGUAGAAAUCCACUUUUACAAAGGGUUUCUAAUUUGUGUUUACUA